CCCGAGUCCUCCACCGUCCCGGCAUACCCCGCGGCAGCCCCUCGCCGGAAGCGGAAGUUCCCUCGCUCUCCGUUUCCGGCGGCACCGGGUGGCCAUGGCGCUUUUCGAGCAGAUGCGAGCGAACGUGGGCAAACUGCUGCGGGGCAUCGACCGGUACAACCCCGAGAACCUGGCGACGCUGGAGCGGUACGUGGAGACGCAGGCCAAGGAAAACGCCUACGACUUGGAGGCCAACCUGGCCGUGCUGAAGCUGUACCAGUUCAACCCUGCCUUCUUCCAGACGACGGUGACGGCGCAGAUCCUGCUGAAGGCCCUCACUAACCUCCCCCACACCGACUUCACCCUCUGCAAGUGCAUGAUUGACCAGGCCCACCAGGAGGAAAGGCCCAUCAGGCAGAUCCUCUACCUGGGGGAGCUGCUGGAAACCUGCCACUUCCAGUCCUUCUGGCAAGCGCUGGAUGAGAACAUGGAGCUGCUGGAUGGAAUCACCGGCUUUGAGGACUCCGUGAGGAAAUUCAUCUGCCACGUGGUGGGGAUCACCUACCAGCACAUCGACCGCUGGCUGCUGGCUGAGAUGCUGGGGGACCUCUCAGAGGCCCAGCUGAAGGUCUGGAUGAGCAAAUACGGCUGGACGGAGCCAGAGCCCGGACGCAUCUUCAUCUGCAACCAGGAGGAGAGCAUCAAGCCCAAGAACAUCGUGGAGAAGAUCGACUUUGACAGUGUCUCCAGCAUCAUGGCAUCCUCCCUCUGAGCCCCCCCUCGGCCCUCCCAAUAAAGGCAAAGCCCCCCCCCGGUGCUGGGGGCCUUUGGGGGGGGGGUUCUGAGGUUGGCACCCCCUGCUGGGGGCGGGGCGUGGGUGGGACUCCCCUCUGUGGGGGUGCCCUGCUUGGGGGGUGGGACCACUGGGGCCAGAGUGUGGUCAUGCAGAGAAGGGGCGUGGCUUCCCAAUUUAGGAUAUUAAUGUACCCACCUCCCUGGGGUUUGGGAGCACUGGUGUCUGUUGAGGCCACGCCCCCUCUUUCAGUGGCCACGCCCAGUUUAUGAAUAUUAAAUACGCCAUCUCACUGUU